AUGGAUGCACGGUAUGCAUACCUGAAGAUAGAACAGAAUCGCGCCAUUCUGCGUCUCGUAUGCCGCACGUGGAAGAUACUCUUGGACGAUUUUGAUGACUUGCUCCGAAUCAGUCAUCUACGCAACGGCGACUGGCCUCGACGUCCGACAAACAGGCAGAACAAGGUCGCUUAUUAUAUCCUGGAAGAGAGAAGGCUCUGUGGGAUGAGGCGUAUUGUCGAAGCGCAUCAUAGUAGCCCAGCGAAGUAUCGAGCUGGCUACUAUGAAGAUGAAAAACUUUGCAUUGGUAUCGAAUUCCCUCUAGCACGUAUUACGACUAUAUUGAACCAAGACAUUCUUAUUUCACCCAGCUAUGACCUAGCUCAACCUAUCCUUGCUCUUCGUUGGUGGUCAGGUCAAAGCGCGGAUCCAUUGACUACACUUCUCCACCCCGUCUUCUCUUCGUUACUCGCCCUUUCUUUAACUAUCGAUUAUCCCACGACUCACCUCUAUGGCUGUCAGGACUUCAUCCUACCGGAGCUACGCUAUCUCGAACUCAUCCUGCGCAAGAAGUGGACCCUUCCACGAGAGAAAGCAGAGAUGACAAUUUCAACCUGGAGGUUCCCCAAACUAACUUUGCUCCGAGUCAACGCAAUAACGGAGCAGGACGCCAAAGAUGAGCUACUCGGUCUAGUACGCGCCCAUGCUCACCAAAUAGAGGAGCUUCAUGCAUCGAUGUACGAUGCCCAGUUUCCGACGCCACAAGAUUGGCAGAGUUUUCGCUCGCUUAGGUUGAUCGUAUUUGAUUCGCUCAACCUCAUGGCAGAUGGACUUUCAUCUGCGAAUGUCCGCUGGAACACUACACGCCCCGGUAUCUCUGAUGCAUCGAACGUGGCGCACCGACGGCUCACCAUGAGUCUUCAAUAUCCGCCCACCGAAAACGAAUUGAUUUCGAGUAUCUUGCCAAAAUUUGAUGCAUGCCAAAGUAUACUCCCUAAUAUUGACUUUGCGGUAACAACAACUUGGCAGGCAAUACGGGAGAAAAUCGAAGCGAACCACUUUUACCAUGAUAUGGUCGCACUUCAUGGCUUGAGAGACACGUUCAUGGUAGCGGAGAAGCUGGGUAUUGACAUUGUCGAUCCGGAUGGGUAUGGUCUCUAUUCUGACAGGGCGCGCAAUGUCAGAAGUCUCGUCCAGGAUAUCAUCUCCGAUGGAAUUACUGCCGAGUUAUUUACUUGA